AAGUCUCUGGCUUUCAGGUUCCCCCAGUUUGUCCACGCCCUACUCGGGGCCCAAAGCGCUCUCUCCGCUCCCCUGAAAGUGAGAGACUGAAAGGGUGUGUCCCCGACGCCAGGCGGCGGCAGCGGUCUGGGAGAAAGAAAUCCGGCGGCGGGGAGAGAACACUGGCGGUAGGCCAGGGUGGGGAGCUCGCUGCCCCGCCUCCCCCCACCUGACUUAGUUGGGAAGGGCGCUGCCCUCCGGCGUGGAGCGUCUGGGAGCUGGAGAAGGAGCCAACCUGCGGAGAUGGAGGCGGCCGGCACCUGGGCGCUGCUGCUGCUGGUGCUGCUGCUGCUGCUGCCGCUGGCGCUGCCCGCGAUCUGGACCCGAGGUCGCCUGCCCCCCGGGCCCGCUCUGCUGCCGCUGCUGGGUAACCUCCUGCAGCUCCUGCCUGGGGCGCUGUACUUCGGGCUCUUGCGGCUGAGUAAGAAGUACGGACCAGUGUUCACCGUGCACCUGGGACCCUGGCGGCGCGUGGUGGUCCUGGUUGGGCACAAGGCUGUGCAGGAGGCCCUGGGAGGUCAGGCUGAGGAGUUCAGCGGACGGGGGAUGUUGGCAACACUGGACCCGACUUUUGACGGCCAUGGGGUUUUCUUCUCCAAUGGGGAGCGGUGGCGGCAGCUGAGGAGGUUUACCAUGCUCACUCUGCGGGACCUGGGCAUGGGGAAGCGAGAAGGCGAGGAGCUGAUCCAGGCUGAGGCCCGGUGUCUGGUGGAGGCCUUCCAGGCAACAGCAGGACAGCCAUUUGACCCCUCCCUGCUGCUGGCCCAGGCCACCUCCAAUGUUGCCUGCUCCCUCACCGUGGGCCUCCGUUUUCCCUACGAGGAUGAGGAGUUCCAGGCUGUGGUCCAGGCUGCUGGUGGCAUCCUGCUGGGGAUCAGCUCCCCUUGGGGCCAGACCUAUGAGAUGUUCUCCUGGCUCCUGCAGCGCCUUCCAGGCUCCCGAACCCAGCUCCUCAGCCAUGUGAACACCCUGGCCACCUUCGCCAUUGAGCAGGUGCAGCGGCACCAGGGAAGCCUGGACCCCUCAGGCCCUGCACGCGAUGUUGUGGGGGAAGGUGGAGGUUUGGAGGCGCUCCUGAAUGGGUAUGGUGGCCUGGCUGCCUGCCACCCAGCCCCUCUGCCUGGUUUCUUCCAGGAGGAAUGUGAUUCAAACACAGAAUUCACUGACAAGAACUUGUUGAUGACUGUCAUUUAUCUGCUGUUCGCGGGGACGGUGACCGUCAGCCCUAAGGUCCAAGAACGCGUGCACGAGGAACUGACAAGGGAGCUGGGUGCUGGCCGGGCUCCAGGCCUGGGGGACCGAGCUCGCCUCCCAUAUACGGAUGCAGUUCUGCACGAGGCGCAGCGGCUGCUGGCACUGGUGCCCAUGGGGAUACCCCGAGCCCUCACAAAGACCACCUACUUCCGAGGAUACACCCUGCCCCAGGGCACUGAGGUCUUCCCCCUCCUGGGCUCUGUCCUGCAUGACCCCGAAGUCUUCAAGCAGCCAGAGGAGUUCAACCCAGGCCGAUUUCUGGAUGCAGACGGAAGGUUAAAGAAGAAGGAGGCAUUCCUGCCCUUCUCCUUAGGUAAGCGUGUCUGCCUCGGGGAGGGCCUGGCACGAGCGGAGCUGUUCCUUUUCGUCACCGCCAUCCUGCAGGCCUUCUCUCUGGAGAGCCCGUGCCCAGUGGGUGCCGUGAGUCUCCAGCCAGCUGUCAGUGGCCUUUUCAACAUCCCCCCAGCCUUCCAGCUGCAAGUCCGUCCCCGCUGACUAUCCCACCCCAUCGUGAGGAACAAAUGAAGGAGAGGGUAUUGGGAGGUAGCAGCCUCGACCUCGGGCCUGGACAUGGCUGUGUCCAGAGCCAUGUCUACACCACAGGAAACCACGUUCUCACACCUGUAGUUGUAUUUGAGAGUCAGUCACACAGAUACUCGUCCACAGGGCCACACUCACUGAACCACACACCCAUACACAACCACAAGGCAACUCAGCCGCACAAGCUUUCUAUAGACCUAAAUUUAGUCUUUCUGGAAUCAUAACCACAUGCCCAGAUAACCCACCAACUUGCAUACAGGGUAAGUCCCCUGGACUCACAACCCAUGUGUGGGAGUUCCACCGUAUUCUCGGCCUACAUGCCCUCUUCACUCAUCACACUUAACAGCACCACCGUCUCCAGGAGCCUGGGGCAGGGAACAGGCACCUUCCUGGGCCAUUUCUCCUCGCAGAGACUACCCUCAGCCCUCGCGGGACCACACCAUUACCCAGGCAUGUGACUCAUAAGCCACACUCUCCCAACCACUGAACCACACAGCCAGCUCACACCUGGCCUCAUCCUGACUCCCAGACAUCUUCCUACUGAGACAGUCACACCCUGGCCUUCCCACCUUCAGCCUUCAAGGACCCUUUCCAAGCACCCUGAUCCCUAAAUUCUCCCAACUACAGAUUAUACCUUCAUUGUGCAGUUAUGCACACAGAGCUGGGAACCAAGUAAACUAGGACACAUGGGA